AUGAGUUUUGGCUUCAGUAUUGGGGAUUUAAUCACUGUCAUUGAGCAUGCCAACAAGCUCCGAAAAGACUUUAGGAGUGCGCCGAUUCAAUUCAAGGCACUCUCCGAUGUGCUCGGGAGACUGUCUAUCGCGAUGCGGGAUGUUGAAGUUGAUUUAUCCAACACAGACCUUAGCAACCAGCAAGAGAUCGAGCUACAAAAAAUAGCAGAUAGCUGUCGCCAGGUUUUCAAUGAGUUUGAGCAGGUGGCUAGUCAGUAUUGCGAAUUAAGCGAAUCCUGCAGUUUGAAGAGAGUGUGGAAGCGACUCAAAUGGGAGCCGAACAAUGUAUGUGAUCUUCGGAAUCGCAUUUGCAGCAAUAUCUGCGUUCUCAUCGCAUUCAACGGCCGAAUAACCCGGGACAGAGUCACAGCAUUAUUAAAAAACAGGACCAAUGAACAUCACCAAAUUUAUCUUGAUUGGCUGUCGCCAACUGUCUACGCAACGCAACAGUGUGACUGUAUCAGUCGGCGCCAACCCGAAACCGGAGAGUGGCUUCUACCACAACAAACGUUAUUCUGUCCAGGUAUUCCGGGUGCCGGUAAGACGAUUCUAUCGUCAGUGGUAAUUGAGGAACUUGAAUCCCGGUACGGAGACAACCGCGAUAUUGGGGUUGCAUACAUCUCCUGCAGCUUUCAAACCAUUGAUGAUCGAAUCCAGCACCCAGAGUGCUUGUUCGCAAGUAUCCUUCGACAGCUUGUUCAGGGCGUUGAUGAAUGCCGUUUUACUGCCAUGUCACGACUACUGGAUGAGAUCUUUGGUCUUCAGGCGACAAACGACGUGAAUCUUUUGGCAACCGCAAGGUUUAUCCCUGGAAUAACGGCUAAGUUCCUGGGUAAGCCGACGAAAGAGAUCCGUGCAUCCAAGCCGGACGAGAUUUUGAAUGGAAUCACAGAUUCUCUGGAGUCAUUGAUAGGGAAGAGGUUACCGAGAGCUAUUAGAUCUCAACUUAAGGACCUGAUAAGCGGCUCUAGAACAUACGACUCUGCUUAUGACAACGCUAUACAAAGAAUAGAGGGCCAAGUCACGGACCAGAAGGACCUGGCUUGGCAAUGCCUGUCCUGGAUUAUCUGUGCGAAAAGACCGCUAACGACAGUCGAGCUCCGGAGUGCUCUUGCUGUAGAGAUAGGUGAAUCUGAAUUCGAUGGGGAAAGCCUUCUCGACCUUGACGACAUUGUCUCUGUUUGCGCAGGCUUGAUCACUGUUACUGCUGAUCCAUCAGAUAACAUUAUUCGAUUAGGCCACUACAAAGCACAAGAAUACUUUGAACGGACAUGGACCCGCAGGUUUCUAGAUCCCCCUAAGGAUAUUGCAUCAAUCUGUGUGACAUAUCUGUCGUUUGAUGCUUUCCUAUCGGGCAUCUGCUUGUCUGAUGCGGAGUAUGAAGCGCGGCUCGAGGAAUACCCUCUUUAUUCAUACGCAGCUAGGAACUGGGGCCAUCAUGCUCGGAUGCAACCCAUAAGUGAAGACCUGAUGAUACGUUUUCUUGGAGAUACACUCAAGGUCAAUGCUUCUGCAUAAGAAUCCUUUGCCAUCAAAUCAUUUUCAAGCACGGGAGAUUACUGUCAACGGGUCCCGCUGGGGCUUACUGGUUUACAUCUUGCAGCAUUCUUUGGGCUGACAAGUGUUAUCCAAU